AGUUGUCCAGUCGUCCUCCUGCUUUGACAGUGUGUGGUUAUUGUUCGUUGUUUUGCAAUCAUUUUCAUUUUAUUCUUUUAUAAUUUUGUUAUUAUACUAAUAUAAAUCAAAUUAUGGCAGAAAAACUACGUAUUUGUAUUGUUGGAUCAGGAAAUUGGGGUUCGACUAUCGCUAAGAUAAUUGGAAUAAAUGCUGUUAAUUUUAAUAACUUCGAGGAUCGCGUUACAAUGUAUGUUUAUGAAGAAAUAAUCAACGGAAAAAAACUAACAGAAAUUAUUAAUGAGACACAUGAAAAUGUAAAGUAUCUUCCAGGACAUAAGCUUCCGCCCAAUGUAAUUGCAAUUCCUGAUGUAGUAGAAGCUGCUAAAGAUGCAGAUAUUUUAACUUUUGUAAUACCUCAUCAAUUUAUAAGAAGAAUAUGUAGUGUAUUAUUAGGAAAAAUAAAGCCUACAGCUGUUGGCCUUUCUCUUAUAAAGGGCUUUGAUAAAAAGCAAGGAGGUGGUAUUGAACUUAUUUCACAUAUAAUUUCAAAACAACUUCAUAUUCCUGUUUCAGUUUUAAUGGGAGCAAAUUUAGCUUCUGAAGUAGCAAACGAAAUGUUUUGUGAAACUACUAUUGGUUGCAAGGAUAAAAAUAUGGCUCCUAUACUGAAAGAUUUAAUAGAAACAUCAUAUUUUAAAGUUGUAGUAGUUGAAGAUGUUGAUUCGGUUGAAUGUUGUGGAGCAUUAAAGAAUAUAGUAGCCUGCGGCGCUGGUUUCAUCGAUGGUUUAGGAUUAGGUGAUAAUACGAAAGCUGCAGUAAUAAGAUUGGGUCUUAUGGAAAUAAUUAAAUUUGUGAAUAUUUUUUUCCCUGGUGGAAAAAAAUCUACAUUCUUUGAAAGUUGUGGAGUAGGAGAUUUAAUUGCAACUUGUUACGGUGGUCGAAAUCGUAAAAUUUGCGAAGCAUUUGUAAAAACGGGCAAGAAAAUCUCUGAGUUGGAAAAGGAAAUGUUAAAUGGACAAAAGUUGCAAGGUCCUUUCACUGCUGAAGAAGUAAAUUAUAUGUUAAAAGCGAAAAAUAUGGAAAACAGAUUUCCCCUUUUUACAACAGUACAUCGGAUUUGUAUUGGUGAGACAAUGCCUAUGGAACUAAUUGAACACUUACGCAAUCAUCCAGAAUACAUGAACAACGACGUUAACGCACCAAUACUACAAUUACUAUCACCAAGAUGUCACCUAUGAAGAUUAUUUGGAAGACAUAAAAGAAGAUUUACAUUAUUUCGAUUUUAAAAACUGUUUUUAUUUAAAGCAUAGAUUUCCAUAUCUACAUUUUGAUAUGGACAAUGUAACGAUAACUACAAUGACUUAUAUAACACAGUGAUAAAAAUUUACGAAUAAUUGGAUACUGGAUAAAUUUUUUUAUGUUUAUUUAAAAAUAAUAAGUUUUAGUAAUGGGUGCUACAUC